GUCAAAAUAAAAGGCUUCGUAAAUGACAUUGGAUAUUGGUGUAGCUUAGUCUUAGCCUACUUGUUUAUUAUUAUUUAAAUUAGUAUAACAAAUUGGAUAUUUGUGCACUUUGUAGUAAGUACUCUCAUCGUUAGAUGAAGUAUGUGUUAAAACAGACAGCAAUAUGCCAGCGUCGUAAACUGAAAUUAAAUUGGAAACAUGAAUACAUACACUAUGAUAUUCCUGCCUAUUUAGAUAUACACUUGUAAUGUAAGCAACUGUCAGGUGAUGCGUUUUUGAUUUUAAAAUGCUUGAUCAUCUCUUUUCGGCAUGGAUGUGGUUUGGAUCAAACCGUCCAGGUUAUUGUAGUGGAACGUUUUUAAUACUCCUGUUAAUUUUGUCGACUUGGCUCUGUGGUAUUCACGCCAGCCUAAGUUUAGGACCAGGCGGGGAUUUUCCUGGAUUUUAUGAUUUCAUCUUCUACGCCUUCAGUAAUGAGGAGUUGACCUCAUUUCUCCACAACAUCACUCUGCUGCUGUGGCUCGGGCCCUGCCAGGAGAGAAGAUGGGGCACUUUUGUCUUCCUAGCCCUCUCGUUUAUCUCUACUGUGCUCCUUCCUCCUAUUUAUUCCCUCUUUCUCUUUGUUACUGGGGAUGAAGCCAGCAGGGUCAGUGGUUACUCAGCCACCCACCUUGCCCUCCUCACAGCUCAGUGUCGGCAGGUGAAGCAGAGGAGAGUCUUGCGCUUUGUUCCUGUCUGGUCCUUGCCUUGGCUGCUCUUGAUCCUCGACCUCUUCCUGCUUCCCGGUGCUGCUGGCCUGCUGCACUUUUAUGCCAUUUGCCUGGGUCUCAACUACAAUAAUGAGUUUAUUGAACUAUUGGAGCAGAUAGAGAAGCUGGGUGCUUGUGCCUGCUUGCCAAAAUGGGCUUACAUCUCAGUUACCUCUCAUUCACACCUGCCUCUUUACCACAACACCUCAAUAAGACCUGAGCCAUCAACCAGCAGAUCCCAGUUGGAAGAUCAUUCUGCGUGGCAGCAUUCAGUGUCUGAGUGGCAUCAGGAGCCUUUGAUGGCAACCGAUUCACAGCUGUUAGAGGAGGAGAUGCUGAGAGCAGGGAUACUAGCAUCACUCCACGACGCACCUGAAGGUGUUGCGGACAAAGUGGAAGUAUCCAAGUCCUCGGUGUCCUCUAUACGGUUGCAACAGCUAGAGAAGAUGGGCUUCCCCACAGAGAAAGCUGUUGUGGCUCUGGCUGCUACAGGACAGCUGGAUGGAGCAAUCUCUUUGCUCAUUGAUGAUCAGAUUGGGGAGGAGGCUGUGGUCAUCUCAAAAGGAAAGAAGUCAUCAUCAGCGUCAUAGCUCAGGGAUACUGCUUCAAAUAAAAGCUGUAGUAUAAGAUUGCUCCAUAUCAUUCCAUUACUCAAGCAACAGUUCUACCAUAAAUGAAAAUUUGCUGAAAAUUCACUCACUCUCAGGGCAUCCAAAAUGAUGAUUAGUUUGUGUCUUCACUGGAACAGAUUUGGAGAAAUGUAGUAUUACAUCCCUUGGGUGCCAUAAGAAUGAGAGUCCAAACAGCCAAUAAAAACAUCACAUGAAAUCGUAUGGAUUGCUGUGAUAUUUUAAUAGCUGUUUGAACUCUAAUUCUGACAGCACCCAUUCACUCCAUCAAUGAGCUAGUGACAUAAUGCUACAUUUCUCCAAACCUGUUCUUGGAUAACUUAAGGGCGAGUACACUUUUAGCAAAUUUGAAUUUUUUUGUGAACUACUACUUUUAGCGAGGCACCGAUCUUCAAUUUGAACUGUAACUGUGUAUUUACUACUUCAUGACUUGCUGAUUAUGGGUGGUGUGGAUUGUGAAAUUAAUAUAUUUCUAUUAUGCUGUUGGCAGCUUUUAAGAUAAAAGUUUAAAGAAUGGAAAAACACUCUGAACAGCAACCAAACUGUUCCAGUGGAUGGGACAUGGACGUUCCAAGAAACUUCUCCACGGAUAUGCUAUCAUUAAAUCCACAUUAGCAGACUGUCAGGCCAGCAGAGUCAUGUGCAUAUGUCAGUAUUUUAGUCAAGGUUUCUUGGCUACAAAAUCUUCAUUAAAAUAUCACAAAUUAAA